UCGACCUCAAGCGGAGGAAGUUGCCUUUCUUUCUGGUGGCAAACGUGAAAGCGAUCGGAAUGCAGAACGACAAGUUUGCACCACCGCCGUUGGCCAUGCAAAACGACAAGUACCCACCGCCAAUCGGAUUUACCUCUGCACCACCACAGCCAGGAUAUCCGCCACAGCAAGGAUAUCCGCCUCAACAAGGAUAUCCCCAGCAUGGAUAUCCUGCUCACACCACACCGGCUGAAAACUACGGAGGACCUCCACCACCACCACCACAACCACCAGUGGUUCCUCCAUCCAGAGUGGAUCCUCCCCCAGGCUGCUGGAGCCGAAACCAAAAGAACAAACCACAAUCCAACGCCAUUGGUGCAGCUGCUCUGAUCUUCAUCUCAGGAGGAAUGAACAUAGCGUGGGCGGUCGGCUUCCGCGGACCCAUCUUCUACUCUUCCACCAAACACAACUACGUGGCCUGGUUCAUUGGCGCCAUCAUUGGAGCCUUGAUCAGCUGCGGGCUGGCCAACAGGGUGGCCAAGAAGUUCGUCCUGCUCUUCGCAUCCGUUUUGGUGGCCAUUGGUGGCAUUAUCAUCGCCUGCACCCACAGCAAUGGACCUGCCACUGUGGCCGCUUGCUACCUCGAUGGCAUCGCAAAUGGCCUGAUUUUCGCUCCAUUUGUUGCCUUGGCUGGAGAGGUUUCGGUCGCCUAUUCGAGGGGAGUGCUAACCGCCAAUUUCGAACAAGUGUGCUUCGGAACCGGCUUUCUGCUGCAGAUCCUCUACGUUAGUUCGUGGAGCUAUUCCUACUAUACGUCCCCGAAUUCCUUCACUGCCGAGAAUAUGAAGGGAGUGCUGAGUGCGAUCUAUGGAUUUUUGGCACUCAUUUUUGGCUUUUGGCUGACCAUCGAAUCGCCCGUUUUAUUGCUGGCCAAUAACGAUGAGCAGGGAGCCAUUGAUGCACUGCGUCGCCUGCAAAAGCCGGCGGUUUUGAGCGAUGAAACCUACGAUCAGCUGGCGGAGCACAAGCGAUACUUGGCCCACAACAGGGAUUUGACGGUGGGUCAGAGUAUUUCCCAGGCUAUGCCCACUUACAUAAGACUCGGCUUCCUGCGAGUCCUCAACGCGAUGAGCCUGUCCAGCUUUGUGAUCUACACCUUGGCCCUCGCGAUCUACGUGGGUCACGGAGCGAGCUACGCCCAGACAUACUACAUUCUGUUCGCCUUCUGUCGCUGGCUGGGAUCCAUUAUCCCGUCCUUCUGCAUGGACUGCUUGGGCCGCAAGAAGCCAACGGCCUUUGGCCUUCUCAUCGCCGCCGCCAUGUCCUUCGCCGUGGGAUCCCAGUACAACUUCUACUCGCUGAUGAGCGGAGUAACCGCCCUGCUGUUCGUCUUCGAGUUCUUCGCGGGAAUGGCCUUCUCGGCCACCUCGUCCUACCUGUCGGAGGCCUUCCCCUGGAAGGUUAAACAGCCCUUCAUUGCGCUAACCUUCAUCACCGAAAUGUUCGUCUUCCUCAUCAUCAACGUGUGCGACUACAACUUGUCGCAGGGAUACAACUACUUCUACAUCAUGGGUGGCAUGUUUGUGGCUGGCUUUAUCCUGGCAGUCACCACUCUGCCGGAAACUAGGCUGAUGACCUUGCGAGGUGCGCAGGAGCAGUUCAGCAGGUUCAUCAACAUGCGAUUCAAUUAGUUAAAGGGUAACUUUAACUCCAUUGUAAUAUACAGCACUAAAUAUUUCACCACGAAA